AAGAGGGCAGAGGAGACGGCUCCUACUGUUACUGUGUACUUGUAAAACUUUGUGGCGUCAAUUCAAUGACACCAGUACAAUCUUGAAUCUGCAUUGUGAAGUUAGCGCGGCAUGUCCUGAAUAUUUGAUCCUGAGACAUUCUCUCUCUGGACUAGUACAAUCUUGGAGAGCCUUAAGCUUCAUCGAUCAUCGGCUGCGUAGCAUCACGUAGUGGGGGCUGAACACAAUACAUCAUUUGAAGCGACGUAAAUACAGCUACCCAGGCUGAACCGUCUACGUAUCCUUCAUGUUAUCUUCUCUACUACCUAACGUGAACCCAAAGCGACAGGACAAUGAUGAUUCCAUGUCAUUGCAGCCGAUUGGGAGUGUCGCCAGUUGUUCUGCACACGAACGAAUACCAACAAGCACUCAACUUCAAUGCCUGCCCGGCGGCAAUACACGUCCGACUCUUGUCCCAGCGGCUACAGGUUUCUUUAAUUCAUCGCUGUCCACAAAAAUGCCGCACAAAUUGAUAUCAACAUUUCUAUGCACCUUUAUGCACAUAUUUCUCGUCCUUCUCCAUCUUAUUCUCCUUGCGCUAAGCAUUUCGGGUGUCGAGCACCGCCUUGUCACAUCUGAGGAUGGUACAUGGAUGACGGUAUUGAGUGUAUUGACACAGGUCUUUUAUGUGCUGUAUUGCACGAUACUCGUUUACCUGGCGCAACGUCUGACACUUUACAGGAACCUGUUCCAGCAUCAAAAAUUGACCAUCCUCCAUGACAAUGUUAAUGCAUGGAGCGGCCUUGGUUCUGCAUUGCAGUGUUUCUGGCAGCAAUCGAGUACCACUGGAUCAUUGUGGUGGAUUGCAUCUAUUACUACUUAUCUGGGCUGUGUAUUCGCGCUUCACGUUGUAUCAUCAUCCAUAUUUCAGCUGCAGACAUUCAGCUCAACCACGAACGUGUCGGUCACUACGUUCUCUCACUGGCCUGGUCCAAAUGUAGACAUGAUGGGGCUUCAGUGGCAUACCAUCAGUGCCAUCGUCCCCUCUUUGGGUCGAUUUACCAGUUCGUCGAACGCAGGACUUAAUGGUCCCACACUGUACGACACUGUUCAAGCAGAUGGCGCCACAGGAAAUGCCACAGUAGAUGCAACUACUUUCCGAGCAGAGUGCGGGUUACUCCAUAAUUCUGAGUUGAGCUACACCCCUAGGCUCAAUGCCAAUCAAUUCGGAGACUACGUGCUCGAGCCGCAAGUUUCAGGCCUCGACCAGUCCAUGAAGUGGCUAGCCAGACUCGUACCGCCCUAUCAAGAUCAGGUCGUGGUCAAUAGUCCCAUAUCUGCUGUUUUUCCUGCAUCUACUAUUGCAUUCCUAAUUUCCACGUCCAUCGACGUGGAUGACUCACUGAAAUCAGCAACUGUGCAGCAUAUGGAGUGGGAAUAUCAACAAGUCCCAUUCUUUGACAGUUCCCAAGCUCAGAUCCUUUCAAGUGUGCUUGAUGCCCACAUAGUAGCUUGCAACAUAUAUGUUGAACGCCAUGCAGCGACAGUCAAUGCGGAAACAAAUGAAUUACUAGCACUCUUGCCGCCUCCAGCUCCAAUUACUCCUUUGGACUGGAAGGAAUGGACAGCACCGAAGGGAGACAAUACUUGGGACAUCUGGUCGCCGCCAGGGCGUGGUCAGAAUGACUACAAUCAUGAAAAAUGGUUUGUAUCUGCAUUCACAAGUGGAGCUAAGUACCCCGUCAAAAUUUGUAUGACUCAAAGUCAAGCAACCUGCUAUGGCGUUUCUCUUCUGGAGUUGUAUUUCAUGCAAGAAAUCGGUUUAAACGUGGAUUUGGACGAGCACGGCUCCAUGCCGCCACCUCCAUCUGGUCCGAAGAAGGUUCUCUGUAGUCGUCGUCAAUUCGAAUCUAGUCUCCCUAAAAUCAUCGCUUCGUUGUUGUGGACCGGCGCAAAAAUUGGUUCCGAUGCUGGUGGGUUUGACCCAACAAUAGGCAGUACCGUUGUUUCUCGGCAGGUUAUAAAAUGGCAUCUCAGUAUUAACUCAUGGGCUCUGGCCGUUGCGUUGACCGCUUCCAUGAUCAUGUUGACUCUUUCGAUUUGCAUGUCAGGGGGCAUAUAUUGGCAGAAAAAUAGGACAUCCAUCGAUAGUGCUGGCGUUCUCCAGAUUAUCUGGCUGACAAGUCGUCUCCGCGUGCUGAAAGACGUCAUGAAUGGGGUGGAUGAUCCAAGAGAAGACGUUCUUCGCGCUGCUGGGAUGUUGGAAGUAGAUCUGUUACAAGAGCUAAACAGGCAGGAAUAGAUAUCGUUGUUUGGUAGGCAUCGAAAAUAUUUGGGCAGCCAGACGUGUUCUAGAAUCCAGACACUACAAGCCUUGAUGGCAUCAUGUUCAGGGCGAUGUGUACGAUCAGUGGCUGGCUCCCUCAACGAGACUAUAUAUGCCCUCUGAGACCU